CUUUCACCAAAUUGAAAACCCAAAAAGAAAUUGGGUUUCGGAUAUCGAAGGAAGAAAGAGUUUCCCCUUCACUGCGGCUCGACGAUCUCUGGGCGGAUGGUUUGAAUUCUGCGUACCAAUGGCGAUCGCCGUCUCUACAUAAGCGCGAACAUCAAUGGCAAAAGGAGAGAAACCCAGAAAAGUUUACGCGCGUGGGAAGCGCCGGAAGCUGGCGCCCGAGUUGGAGGAUCGGAUCAGCCUGUUGCCCGACGAAAUCCUGGUGAUCAUCUUGUCAAGCCUGUCGAUCAAAGAGGCGGCUCGAACAAGCAUUUUGUCGAGCAGGUGGCGGGAGCUCUGGACCUUGGGGAUCACCCUGGACUUGGGCUCUCUAGAUCAAGUCCGCAGCAUCGAGACACGAACAGGGCAGAAUUUCUCGUAUUGGCUGGACAGAAUCAUGGAGAGCCAUAAAGGCCCGUCGAUCCAGAAACUCAGGAUUUGCUUGCAGGCCAAGAACAUCGAAUCGGGGGGCGAUUUCGCUCGGUGGAUGAACUUCGCGACGAGAAAGUUCGUCCGGGAGUUGUAUUUACAAGUCGAGACUACGAAGUACAGCGUUUACCCGUCGCUGUAUCUGGGGUUUUACAAUUUCCAUUCCCUCAAGGCCUUGUUCUUGGAUUUCGAGCACGUCGAUGCUCGCCACGUCGAGCACUUCCUAUCGCAUUGCCCGUCUCUCGAGAAGCUGUCUUUGGCCAAAUCAAAUGUUGCUCACUUGAAAAUUUCUGGGCCAUCGCUCAAGUUGAAGUUCUUGGAGGUUUCUUCUUGCUUCAACCUGACAAGAAUCAAGAUUUCUGCGCCCAAUCUUGUGGCAUUCAAGUACUGGGGGCCGGAGAUGGUUCUUGAUCUCGAGAACGCUCCCCUUCUUGCUGAGGUAUCUUUCUUGGAAUCUUACUGCAUGUAUGUAGUUAAGCAAAAAUUCGAACAGUUUUCUACUGUGUUGCCUCAGCUUCAGAAAAUCACAUUGACAUUGAGUUAUCCAUGGAUGGUUGAGUUUCCAAUGCUUGAUGGAUUGGCAAACCUGAGCAAAUUGGAACUGAAUUUGAGAGUGUGGGAUUAUGACAACCCCUUCCAACUUUGCACUUCCUUCAUCAAGGCAUUGCCUUUCUUGAACAAGAUUUCACUGAACCUCUUUUGGGUUGCCAAACUUGAAUCGAAACAGCCAUGGGAGCCUGAGGUUGAAGAUCACCGGCAACACUGCCUAAAGGUGGUGGAAUUGAUUGGCUUUGUUGGGUGUUUGCUUGAUCUUGAGAUUGUCAGGUACAUGAUUAGGAAUGCCUCAUCGCUCAAGAAGAUCACACUCUGUCCUUGCCGGAGAGCUUGGAUGGAUGAUCUUCAGGAGUUGAUGACAAUCAAGGAGAAACAAGAGGCUAGACAGUGUGCUCAUGAGCUGGAAGCAGUUCUAUCUCCCCAUACCAAACUUGUGGUACUUUAAUCUUUGUACAUGAACUAGACAGCUAGCAAUUAUAAAUGUUACUAUAGUCAAGUACGUUUUUGCUGUUAGAAAUGUUUUUAUCAUCAAGUGCUGUUAGUCUUAGAAAUGUAGAUAACAUUUUGCAAGCACUUGAAAAUGUUUUGUUGUUAGAACUAACCUUUUUUUUUUGGGGGGGGGGGGGGGUUGGCGGGGGGGCAUAAUUUAAAGUUCAAGACUUGCAUAUGCUGGUG